AUGGACGCCAUAACUUCUGCUGUCAUUGAAGGUGCCAAAUCAAUCUUUAAGUUAAGUCUUUCAGGAAUCAAGACCCUUUCCAAAUAUGAAGAAAACAUCUGUGAACUUCAGGAAGAGAUUUCAUACCUCAGGAACAAAAAGAUUUUGAUUGAAGAAGAGGUCUCCAUAGCCAUAAUGGAUGGAAAAACUCCAAAACAGCAAGUAACAGAAUGGUUAAGGAAGGUUUCUCGAGCUGAAGAUGCAGUAAGGCCACUGCUACAGAUGCUACAGACACCUGAUGAAAAUAUUAAUGGCAGGAGCUUCAAGAUGCUGCAACAGUAUCAGCAGUCUUGGAGAGUAGCAAACAAACUUGAUCAUGUGAAAGAGCUCAAUUCUACUUAUUUUGAAACCGUUGCCCCUGAGAAAUGCUCUCCAAUAAAAGCUAUGGAGGAAAUGCAAGUCCCAUCUCUUGUUGGGCAGCAGGCAGCUUCAGAUAUGAUGAAGCUUCUUGAAAUCUUGAAUAGUGAUGAUAACAAAAGGAUUGGUGUGUGGGGGAAAGGUGGCAUAGGGAAGACAACUUCUGUCAAGAACUUGAUCAAUCACUUGUGCAAUUCCUCUCCAAAUUCUUUUAAUAUCGUGAUCUGGGUUCAAGUCUCGAGGGAAUUGAAUUUGAGCAUGAUUCAGACUCAGAUUGCCAAGAGACUUCAUUUAAAAGUGGAAGCAGGAGACACCACUCACAGUUUAGCCAACAGAAUUCUUCGAAGACUGAAGAUGAGGGUGGAAGCUACCAGAAGGAAGAUCCUUUUAGUCCUUGAUGAUGUCUGGGAAAAGAUCGACUUAGAUGCUAUUGGUAUUCCUUCAAGGGAUUCCUGCUGUAAAAUCCUCUUAACCACUCGAUCUUUUGAUGUCUGUAGAGACAUGUCUGUUGAUGUUCCUUUUCAGUUAAAUCUCAUGAGUGAAGAUGAUGCUUGGAAUCUUUUUGUUCAAAGUGCUGGAUCUGUACUUUAUCUAGAUGGGAUACAAUCUCCUGCAAGGAAGAUCGUGGCAAGCUGUCGUGGACUCCCAUUGGCUAUAAAGACUCUUGGAAAAUCCCUGAGGGACACACCGCAGACUGCCAUCUGGCGAAACACGUAUCUUAGGUGGCGAUGCUCAUCACCCUUGUUCAAGAACAUUGAAAAAGAAGUCUUUAGGCCUUUAGCAGUGAGUUACCAUUCUUUACCAAGUAAGAUUCUUCAACAAUGCUUUCUGUUUUGCUCUUUAUACCCUGCAAGCUUCUCAAUAGAUGUUGUUGAAUUAAUCCAAUGUUGGGUGUCUGAUGGGUUAAUCCAUGAGAAUCAAACUGUUGAAGAAGCAUUCAAUUAUGGGGUUGCUUUGAUUGAACACCUUAAGGAUUCUUGCUUACUUGAUCAAGAUGGAGGACAAGGAACUGUGAAGAUGCAUGAUGUUUUUCGUGAUUUGGCCAUACUUUUAUCUCAGAAUGAAGAAUUAUUUGGGUUUCAUUGUCAAUCAAGUCUUCCAUUUAACCAGAUGCCAAAAGAAUCUUCCAGAAGGGUAUCUUUAAUCGGUUGCAAAAUCUAUAGGUUGCAAGAGUAUCCUGUAUAUUCCAAUCUUACUGUUUUGUUUCUCCAAGGUAACCCUAUAAAGAUCAUCCCAGAUGACUACUUUCUGAAUCUCAAGUCUCUAAGGGUACUGAAUUUAAGCAAAACCGAAAUUACAUCUUUGCCCUCGUCUUUUCUUUGCUUAGUCGAAUUACGUUCUCUUUAUCUCAGAGGCUGUUUUUCUUUAACGAAACUACCUUCUCUUGAACCUCUUUGUAAACUCCUUGUUCUUGACCUUUCUAGCACCCCAAUACGAGAGCUUCCGGAAGGUUUAGGAAGUUUAUGUCGUUUGAGAGAAUUAAACCUCUCAUACACUCGUUUGUUGAAGAAAAUUGCUUCCGGAAGCAUUUCAGGGUUAUCAAGUCUGGAGACUCUAGACAUGUCUUUCAGUGCUUAUAACUGGAACCCUAAAAUGGGUUCAUGUCAUCAAAAUGCAACAUUUGAUGAGUUGCUAUCAUUGGAUCGCCUUUCGGUUUUAAAAAUAAGGCUUGACUCGGUUGACUCGCUUGCAUCUGCAUCUUCUUGGAUCAAGAAAUUAAAAAAGUUUGAUAUUCAAAUCAGUCCAAAUGACUCGAAUUAUGAUGCUCAAUCCAAUGAAAAAAGAUUGGUUCUCAGAGGAGUUGAUCUCCUUCAAGAACACCUUCAAAGUCUUCUACACAACACAACUUCCCUCAGCUUGUUAACAUGUGAAGGCAUGGCUCAGAGACACUGGCUUAGCUUAUCAUCGCUGAUGUCACUCACUAUAUCCAAUUGUAGUGGUAUAAGAAUUUUGAUAAGUCAAGAAAGAAGCUCGCAUGCAAUGUUCCCAAAUCUACAACACUUGGUUCUCGAUCAUUUGAAAAAUUUGGAAACUAUUGUUGAAGGGAUACUUUCUAGAGGGAUUUGCCUUAGCAAUUUGAAGACGAUUCAAGUUUUUGAUUGCCCAAAGCUAAAAGGAACCAUUUCUUAUGCAAUGCUUAGACAUGUUAAAAAGCUUGAGGAAAUUAAGGUGAGUGGUUGUGAGAAUAUGUGUAGGGUUAUUGAAUCAGGGGGGCAAAAGAAGAAAAAUCUUCCGGUUUUGAGGGUGAUUGAGGUAAAGAACAUGGUGAAAUUAAGGACAAUAUGUGAUGGGAUGUGGGUUUGUCCAGUGUUGCAGCAGAUUGAAGUUUCUCAUUGCUUUCAGUUGAAGAAACUUCCUAUUUCGGUUGGGGAUUCGUGUAGUUUGAAAGAGAUUAGAGGUGAUGUUAAGUGGUGGAAUAAUUUGAUAUGGGAAAAUCAUGAUGAUAAGAGCUUCUUUCUGAAACACUUUCAAGCCUACCCCAGGGAGGACUGCUUAAAAAGGCAAAAAUACAAGUAA